UGUGUGUCGCCUGGUUCUCUCCGUCAACAUGUCCGCCUCGGUGUGUAACAGAAUCCUUCAGAGAACAACACAGAGUUUUCUCUUCUCCUCCAGAGCAGCACCGGCCUUUUCAAGCCCAUUUUUGUCCCGAGCUCAUCGAUUGGGACCCAGUGAUGAUGAGAUGUACCAGCGGACCUCGAUGUCCAUCAUGCAGAAGGAGCCGGGCGGUGGCAUCAUGAUCCACAGCUACAGUGCGAGAGGAUUCAACAUUGAUGGCAAUAAGGUGCUCGGACCCUGUGCCGUGCUGCCUCCUGCAAUCCUGCAGUGGAACGUUGGCAGUCAUGAAGACAUCACAGAGGAAAGUGUCUCAUUGUUCCACAUGCUUGAACCAAGAAUAGAGAUUCUUGUGCUGGGCACAGGUGAACGGUCUGAAAGAAUUAAGCCCUCAGUCCUCGCGCUGCUCAAACGUAAACGCAUCGCUGUUGAGGUUCAAGACACACCAAACGCUUGUGCAACCUUCAACUUCCUGAUCAGUGAGAGGCGAGUGGUAGCCGCCGGUCUCAUCCCUCCACCUGUCAGCACAGCACUGGAAACAACACAGCAAUAACUCCCGUCAUGUUCUGCAAGAUGCUGUAGAUACAAAGAGAGGUUUCUUCUGUCUGUACAAAGAUCCCAAAGGAGCAAAAACAAAGUUAUUUUAAAGAUUCAACUGUUGUCAUUUGGUAUAUGGAUUGUACACGUGGGUGUGCCUGUGUGAAUCCUCCCGUGAAUGCACACUGAAACAGUUCGCUGUUAUAUUCUUGUGAGGAACAAUACUGAAAUACCAUGUAUUAAAAAUAUAAAAUAAAUUAUUUACAUGUAAACAAUGA